AUGGUAGUAGAACAGACAGGACGACGUUUUAUCUUGUUCCCAGCAUUAUGCGGCGUUAUAAUCCCGGAAGAGCUGCCGUCUUUACUAUCGGUGGCGUAUUCUAACAUUCCGCCUAUAAAGAAAGGCACAGAUUCACGGAUAGGUUUCGGGUUCGCAUUCGGCAACCAUGCGGACUUCCAGGUCAUGCUGGAGCUUGGACCGCAGACCAACACCAUGAAUUUAACCGGCCAACCGUUCCCCAAGAAUGGUAACAGCAACAAUAAGCGGCAGGCGCCUUCGCCACCGCCGGCGAAAAUUAACAAGAACAGGGAAAAGUUCCUACAGACGGACGCGGGGAAAUAUCUCCAAAAUUGGGCUCAAAAAAUGAAAAAUCCUCCAAAACCUGCCAAAAUACCAGAGUCGAGACCCGGUGACGUCAUGAAUCUAGAAGACUCCAUGGUAGAACUAGUCAAGAACGAUAAAGGUGAAUAUGAAAUACACCAGCCGAAACCUGGUCACAUGCCGCAGUAUGUACUGGACAGUCUAAAAAAGUUGUACGGAGAAAAGAAAGAAGAAGCAAAGAAGCUAGUAGAGAAGAAACGAAGUGAGGCAGAGAUAAAGAAGAUAACAGAAGAUUUGUCAGAUGUUGAUUUGGACUGAAUAAAUGGCAUUUUUGUAGUAGAGUA